AUGUCGGUACAAGUGGACGUAAUUGAUUUUAAGACGAAGACUACCCCAUCAGGAACCCACGUUGGACUGAUAGAAUUUUCAUCUCCGGCCAAAACUCAUGUGGAGUUCACUCUACGCCAAUAUAGUAGUGCAGCGGCCAUCAAAGCAGCAGUCGGGAAAAUCGACUACGACAAUGGCGGUUCCACAGCUACGGCUGAUGCACUGAGAUUGGCCAAGAAACAUUUUGAUCAAUAUGGAGUGAGGGAAAAUGUGAAAGUAGCGUGGGUCAUAACUGACGGGCAGUCAAACAGAGGCGGGAAUCCAAAAAUCCCAGCAGACGAGCUGAAGAAGAAUGGAGUAGAAAUUUGCGUUGUUGGCAUAGGGAACAAUAUAAACUGGAAGGAAAUAAAAGAUAUUGCAGCGUACGACUGUAUCUUCGACAUUGAAUCGUACGAAGCUUUGCUGGGCAUCAACGAGAGAACGCUGGAAUUGGCGAGGGCUGAGGCUGCUUCAAAAGCAAGAGCUCAAGCUAAGGCAAGAGCGAUGGCAAGAGCGGCUGCAGCAGCUAAAGCUAGAGCGUUAGCGAGAGGAAGAGCGUUGGCCAAGGCCAGAGCCGCGAUGGCGCAAGCUAGAGCAAGGGCAAUGGCAGGACGGCACUAGUGUAACUCUACGUGGUGAUAAAUCAAACUGAAGAUAAAUCUUGCAAAUCGUCGGAAUUAAAUUCCACAAAAUGAACUCAGUCUUUUCCUUUUCAUAAUGAUAAAAUUUUUAUCCAGUUGGACUAAAUUCAUUCAAAGGUUAUGUGACAAGAUCAAUGGUUUAGUUUUGUUUUGUCUUGUCCGAUUUCAAUGUACAAUCGUAGACUGACGUUUAAAUAAAUAAAAUUAAAACAUUUAGUUUGAAGAAUAUAAGAGACACUCUUCACGCCAAUAAUAAAGCCAGUUUUUAAACUUUUUUACAAAGCAUUUGUAUGUUUUUACUUGUCAAAGAGACUCAGUGAUGU